AUGCGUGAAGCUAUCUGCAUUCACAUCGGUCAGGCCGGUGUCCAGAUCGGUAACGCCUGCUGGGAGCUGUUUUGCUUGGAGCACGGUAUUUUAAUUUUGCACUUCGUAAUAAAUUUCAGUUUCGUCACCGUAUCGAAAGAUGAAGUAGAAGCUACUUAAGUAGUUGGUUUUCAUUGCGUUUCCAGCGUGAUUCAAAUUUUGUUUUUUAGUUUGGAAAAAUAUCACGAUGUAAUGAUGAUCUACUCACAAACACCUUCCCAGGUAUCCAGCCGGAUGGUCAGAUGCCGUCUGACAAGACCAUCGGCGGUGGUGACGACGCCUUCAACACCUUCUUUUCCGAGACUGGUGCCGGCAAGCACGUCCCCCGCUGCGUGUUCGUCGAUCUGGAGCCCACCGUGAUCGAUGAGGUCCGCACCGGUACCUACCGUCAGUUGUUCCACCCGGAACAGCUGAUCUCCGGUAAGGAGGACGCCGCGAACAACUUCGCCCGCGGUCACUACACCAUCGGUAAGGAGAUCGUCGACUUGUGCUUGGACCGCAUCCGUAAGUUGGCCGACAACUGUACCGGUCUGCAGGGCUUCCUGAUCUACCACGCCGUCGGUGGUGGUACCGGUUCCGGUUUGGGCUGCCUGAUGAUGGAGCGUCUGUCCGUCGAUUACGGUAAGAAGUCCAAGAUCUCCUUCACCGUGUGGUGCUGCCCCCAGGUGUCCACCGCCGUGGUCGAGCCGUACAACACCGUGCUGUGCGUCCACUCCCUGUUGGAGCACACCGACGUCACCAACCAGGUCGACAACGAGGCUCUGUACGACAUCUGUCGCCGCAACUUGGACAUUGAGCGCCCGACCUACACCAACUUGAACCGCCUGGUCGCCCAGAUCAUCUCGUCCUUGACCGCGUCUCUGCGCUUCGAUGGUAUACAGGUUUUUGACACUUCUGAAGCUAUACUAGUUUGAGAGUGUGCGCACACAAAAAUGCUUGUCUUGAGGGAAAUCUUCAUGACUUGUAUGAUGGACAAGUGCUCAUCGUUCCUCUUUGGUAGAUGCGAGUUGCUGAUUCGCUUUCUCAUGUUUUAGAAUUGAAAGUUUGUCAUGCAAGGAAACCUCGAGGAAUGGUAUAAUUAAUACGCGUCUGUUUCUAGUCACGGGAAAUCGAUCAUCCAGACUUUGUGAUAUCCUCAACAUCUUCCUAUCCCAGGUGCGCUGAACGUGGAUGUGACCGAGUUCCAGACCAACCUGGUGCCGUACCCGCGUAUCCACUUUAUGUUGACCUCGUACGCGCCGAUCAUCUCCGCGGAGAAGGCCUACCACGAGCAGCUGUCCGUGGCCGAGCUGACCAACUCCGUGUUCGAGCCGGCCUCCAUGAUGGUCAAGUGCGACCCGCGUCACGGUAAGUACAUGGCCUGCUGCCUCAUGUACCGUGGUGACGUCGUCCCGAAGGACGUGAACGCCUCCGUCGCCACCAUCAAGACCAAGCGCACCAUACGCAAUACAAAUAUGUCUGCGUCUGGAAAAGUGUAUAGUUUGCCAUGCUUAUCGCACAUGUACUAUAGUUUGCAAUGCUGAAAUCUGUAAUGCAUGAUGAGGAGAAUAGAUUCUUCCCUAAUGUCAUGUGGAAACCGGAACAGAUAGUUGCUCGUGCAAAGCUUGUCAUGCGUGACUGCAUAUCGCAGUGUCGCCACCAGUCACAAACUAGCGUCACAAUUCUCCAGAACAAGACAUGUUUGCAUCCCAUACACCAUCCAGUUUGUCGACUGGUCCCCGACCGGCUUCAAGUGCGGUAUCAACUACCAGUAUGCAAUACAAAUUUCCCGUACAUGUACAAGAUGCAUCACAAAUUCUACCAAUUUGAUGCGUAAAACUUGUCGUGCUACACUAGAAUCGAAGCCAAGUUUUGUCAUGCGGAGACCGCAUUUGUGCGUCUACGAGAAAUUUACUGUGGAUAACGAGCCGCCCACCGUCGUGCCGGGUGGCGACCUGGCCAAGGUGAUGCGCGCCGUGUGCAUGAUCUCCAACUCCACCGCCAUCGCGGAGGUGUUCUCCCGCAUCGACCACAAGUUCGAUUUGAUGUACUCCAAGCGCGCCUUCGUCCACUGGUACGUCGGUGAGGGUAUGGAGGAGGGCGAGUUCUCCGAGGCCCGUGAGGAUUUGGCCGCCCUGGAGAAGGAUUACGAGGAGGUCGGCAUCGAGACCGCCGAGGGUGAAGGUGAGGAGGAAGGCUAUGGUGACGAAUUCUAA